AUGUCACGUGUAGCUCCACAUAAUGUCGGAAUAAUUGGAGGUGGUCUUGCAGGACUCUCUUCUGCUUAUUUAAUAUCUCUUCUUCGACCUAGUCCAGCUUAUCAUCUUUAUAUUAUGGAAUCAUCUGCGAGGUUAGGCGGUUGGAUACAGACUGUAUGCAACUCUUCAACCGGUGCUUACUAUGAUUUAGGACCACACACCGGUCGAGUUGCGUCACCAUCCUCGUCUGCUAUUCUCCGUUUGGCACUUAGCUUGGGCUUGCGCGAUUCCAUUAUAUGGCUCAAAGAUGAUGGAGUAAAAACUAACAGAUAUUUGUUUUUGCAAAACAAAAUUAGCAAGGUCCCGAUCACAUCCAUUUUUGCUUCACCUCCAUUUACGAGGUCUCCUUUUGGUCUUCUUUUACGUCUUGCAUUGAGACGAAGAGCGUUUACUACAAACGAAAAGAACGACAUAAGUAUUGACGAAUUUUUUCGGACCCGUAUCGAUGGUGAGUUUGCCGAUUACAUUGGUAGUGCAUUGGUUCGUGGAAUAUUUGCUGGAGACUCUAGAAACCUGGUUUCACUUGCCUAUAAGCACUUUACUGUUUAA